GGAGCGGCAGCGGCAGGAGGAGCAGGAAGAGGAAGAAGAGGAGGAGGAGGAAGGCUCCGGACUCCAGGCUGGCCCCAUGCCCGGGACACAGAGAGCCUAUAUGCUGAGGGGGCCAGAGGACGCCGGGGGGCCGAAGAAUCCGGACUGGCUGUACGAGUCUUACUACCGAAUGAGCCAGCAGCACCCGCUCAUAGUCUUCCUCCUCCUCAUCGUCAUGGGAGCGUGUGUGUCUCUGCUGGCUGUUUUCUUCGCUUCAGGACUGGCCAUGGAGGAGCACGUCGCCUUCCUCAUCACCGUGCCGACCACACUGGCCAUCUUCCUCGCCAUCUUCAUCCUCGUCUGCAUCGAGUCCGUGUUCAAGAAGCUCCUUCGCCUCUUCUCCCUGCUCAUCUGGGGUUGCCUGGUCACCAUGGGGUACCUGUUCAUGUUCACCGGGGGCAUCGUCUGUCCGUGGGACCAGGUCUCUUUCUUUCUCUUCAUCGUGUUCGUGGUUUACACCAUGCUGCCGUUCUCCAUGCGUGACGCCAUCAUUGCCAGCAUCUUUACAUCGUCCUCCCACACCCUGGUGCUCAGCAUCAGCCUCUCCAACUCCACCCAGCACGUGGAGCCUCUCGUCUGGCAGAUCCUGGCCAACAUCAUCAUCUUCAUCUGUGGGAACAUGGCUGGCGCUUAUCACAAGCACCUGAUGGAACUGGCUCUGAAACAGACCUACCAGGACACGUGUAACUGCAUCAAAUCACCCAUCAAACUGGAAUUCGAGAAGCACCAGCAGGAGCGUCUCUUACUAUCGCUGCUCCCCGCUCACAUCGCCCGAGUGAUGAAGGCCGAGAUUAUCCAGAGACUCAAGGGUCCCAACGGCGGCCAGGCCGAGAAUACCAACAACUUCCACAACCUCUACGUACAGAGACACACUAAUGUGAGCAUUCUGUAUGCAGACAUUGUUGGGUUUACACGAUUGGCCAGUGACUGCUCUCCAGGAGAACUGGUGCACAUGCUCAAUGAGCUCUUUGGGAAGUUUGAUCAGAUCGCCAAGGAUAACGACUGUAUGAGGAUAAAGAUAUUAGGAGACUGUUAUUACUGUGUAUCAGGACUGCCCGAACCUUUACCCGAUCAUGCCAAGAACUGCGUUAAGAUGGGACUGGAUAUGUGUGAGGCCAUCGAGAAGGUAAGAGACGCCACGGGCGUGGACAUAAACAUGCGUGUCGGCGUGCACUCCGGCAACGUUCUGUGCGGCGUUAUCGGCCUCCAGAAGUGGCAGUACGACGUGUGGUCGCAUGACGUCACCCUGGCCAAUCACAUGGAGGCCGGAGGUGUACCCGGACGGGUUCACAUCUCCUCUGUGACACUGGAACAUUUAAAGGGCGCCUACAAAGUGGAGGCGGGGGAUGGACAGAGCCGAGACUCUUACCUGAAAGAGCACGGUAUUGUCACGUACCUCGUCAUUAACCCGAAGGCAGAAUGGAGCAGCCCGCAGCUGCACUGCCGCCCCCGUCCCAUUCUCGACGGGCCGAAGAUGAGGGCGUCCGUGCGUAUGACUCAGUACCUGGAGUCGUGGGGGGCGGCCAAGCCCUUCGCCAACCUGCACCACCGCGACAGCAUGACCAACGAGAACGGCAAGAUCAACACGCAUGAUGUGCCGAUGGGUCACUAUCAUUUUCAGGGAAGAUCAGAAAGAACAAAAUCUCAGAAGAAGAGGUUCGAAGAGGAGCUGAAUGAAAGAAUGAUUCGCACAAUCGACGGCAUCAACGCACAAAAACAGUGGCUGAAGUCGGAGGACAUUCAGAGGAUUUCUCUGUUCUUUCACAACAAGACUCUGGAGAAAGAGUACAGAGCCACAACUCUGCCUGCCUUCAAGUACUACGUCACCUGUGCCUGCUUCAUCUUCUUCUGUAUCUUCAUCAUCCAAGUUUUAGUUUUACCCAAAACCACUGCGCUCGGUGUGUCGUUCGGGACCACCUUCCUGUUGCUGACUCUGAUUCUCAUCGUGUGUUUUGCUGGACAUAUACUGGUGAGUCCAGUCUUAUUAUUUUUAAACGUUGUCUCGUCUUCGCUCAGCGCCAACAAGCCCUGCGUCCGGCUCGUCCUCACUAUGGCAACCACCGCGCUGAUCCUUGUCAUGGCGGUCUUCAAUAUGUUCUUUUUGGAAGAAGAGAAAGUUCCUGCGUCUGCGCUGAACGUCUCCAAUGAAAGCGCUCACGGUCAAAGCACUCAGUCCUCAGACAAGUUCUACCUUCCUUACUUCAUCUACAGCUGCAUCCUGGGUCUGGUCUCCUGCUCGGUGUUCCUCAGGAUCAAUUACGAGCUGAAGAUGUUGAUCAUGUUAGCUGCGGUGGUGGCUUAUAACAUCAUCAUCCUUCAGACCCACGCCGCGGUGCUGGACGAGUACAGUACAGCCCUGUAUAAAACACAACCGCUCGACAGGCCUGGUGUUCUGAAAGACCUGAAGACGAUGGGUUCUGUCUCACUGUUCAUCUUCUUCAUCACGCUGCUUGUGCUGGCCAGGCAGAAUGAAUAUUACUGUAGGUUAGACUUCCUUUGGAGGAACAAGUUCAAACGGGAGUGUGAGGAGAUCGAGACCAUGGAGAACCUGAACCGGGUGCUGCUGGAAAACGUUCUUCCCGCCCACGUGGCAGAGCACUUCCUGGCCCGGAGCUGGAAGAAUGAGGACCUGUACCACCAGUCGUACGACCUGGUGUGUGUCAUGUUCGCCUCCAUCCCAGACUUUAAGGAAUUUUACACCGAGUCGGACGUGAACAAGGAGGGACUGGAGUGUCUCAGACUCCUGAACGAGAUGAUCGCAGAUUUUGAUGAGUUACUUUCCAAGCCUAAAUUCAGUGGAGUGGAGAAGAUAAAGACCAUCGGCAGCACCUACAUGGCUUCUACUGGACUAAACAUUCCUCCAGGACAGGAUCACGCCCAGGAGCGCGACCGUCAGUACAUGCACAUAGGCACAAUGGUGGAGUUCGCCUUCGCCCUCGUGGGGAAACUCGAUGUAAUCAACAGACAUUCCUUUAAUGACUUCAAACUGCGUGUAGGAAUAAACCACGGCCCGGUGAUCGCGGGGGUAAUCGGCGCGCAGAAGCCGCAGUACGAUAUCUGGGGGAACACUGUGAAUGUUGCCAGCAGGAUGGAGACCACAGGGGUUCUGGGAAAAAUCCAGGUGACAGAGGAGACGAGUCGGAUCCUCCAGAUGCUGGGCUACAUGUGCUCGUGCAGAGGAAUUAUUAAUGUCAAGGGCAAGGGUGACCUGAAGACUUUCUUUGUGCACACAGAGAUGAGCAGAUCCUUAUCACAGGGGAAUGUGAUGCCUUAAACUUUAUUACCCUCGUUCCUUCUCCCUCAGAAACUUUUUAAUCCCACACACACGGACAUUUCUGCACCUUACCACCUCCAUCAGUAAUAGAAGUGGCAAACGGCUUAAAUAUCUCACCGAGGAUCGAACUGACUCAAGAGUGUGUGAACAAAUGACAGAGAUCACUGUGCGUGCAGCCACUACGAAGCAGAACGACGGAGGGUUUGUAAAAUAAUGAAGGAAAACUUGUUUGUGACUUGCUGCCAGCGUUUUCUUAUCCAUUAAAGAUUUCUAUAUAAAACAA